CCGGCUGCCCCGCGGCCCCGCCGCCCCGCCGGCCCCGCGGCAUGGCCGGGCCCCGCGCCGCGGCACCGCCUCCCGCCGGAUGCGCCCGCUAGGCCCGCCCCGGCACGGCCCCGGCGCGGAGCGGAGCGGCCCGGCCAUGGCGCGCUCGCUCAACUCCAUCGUGGCCGUCAGCCAGAACAUGGGCAUCGGCAAGGACGGGCGGCUACCCUGGCCGCCGCUCAGGAAUGAGUACAAGUACUUCCAGAGAAUGACGAGCACCGCCCGUGUGGAAGGUAAACAGAAUGCAGUGAUAAUGGGUAAAAAAACGUGGUUCUCCAUCCCUGAGAAGAACCGUCCUUUAAAAGACAGGAUUAAUAUUGUGCUUAGCAGGGAGCUCAAGGAAGCCCCAAAAGGAGCACAUUAUCUUUCCAAAAGUCUGGAUGAUGCUCUAGCUCUUUUGGAUUCACCGGAGCUGAAAAGUAAAGUAGACAUGGUUUGGAUCGUGGGAGGCACUUCAGUGUACAAGGCAGCAAUGGAGAAGCCAAUUCAUCAUCGAUUGUUUGUGACAAGAAUCUUGAAAGAGUUUGAAAGUGACACAUUUUUUCCAGAAAUUGACCAUAAAGACUACAAGCUUCUAACAGAGUACCCAGGUGUCCCUGCUGAUAUCCAAGAAGAGAAUGGGAUCCAGUACAAAUUUGAAGUGUAUGAAAAAACUGUCAUGGCACAAUAAGGGAGGCAUUUUGUACUUCUGUGUAAGGGCAGUGGAGCAGCUGACCUGGCUGAUUGCCAGGAUCCCCAAGACACAGGAAAGGCCCGAGUGUGGCUGAUGACACUUGGGCCCCACAGGUGUGCCUCGACUGCCAGGUGCCAGGCCAGGGCUUUCAGCUCGGAGACUGCCUUCCCAAAGCAGGCUCCUGGGCUCCAGGCUGCAGUCCAGCACUGGGCUUCCUGCAACUUGCUGGCAGCUGACAUCCAGAAAACUAAAUUUGUCAUUUUCCUGCCUACCUGCCCAUAUUUGGGCGCAGUUAAUCCAGAAUCAUCCACCUGGGGCCAUGCUGUGAUCUCAGAAAUGCCCGUCAGGUUGUGGCCUUGAUGAGCAGCACCUCAGGGGCUGAGCUCCUCCAGAGCUACCAGAGACACUGCCUGCUCCCAGGAUCUGGUGCUGGCUGAUGAGCAAGUGCAAGUGGAUGAACAUUUUCCUUGUGGAACAUUCCGAGAAAGUUGCCGAGCAGAAUUGCAAUCUGAACGGGACGUUGCUGUGACUAACACUGUGAACCUACAAA